AGGACUUACAUUUCACCACGGGAUUAUCCGCACGUCGAUGCCCAAACAUCUUGGCCAUCAGCUGCCGUGACUCAUCGACCAUCGGUGCCCAGUAAUGCAGGGAUGCGGGGCGGCGUGCAAAAGCAUGCUCUCGUAUGAGUUGUUCCUUUGGAGGCAGCCGCUGUGGAGUUUACGUGUAGAUUGAUUGCACAAAAUGUGACAAUGGAUUUACAUUCCACUUGGACCAGAGACUAGAUUAGCACAGCAAGCGCAGUGGAGGGCAGGUCCGAUCUUAUAUUGUUGCGUAGGAAGCUUCUUGGCGUAGCUCUAUUAUGGGGCUUAUUUUGGGGGGAUUCCGAGCCGGCUCAACGUUCUCUGCAGGAGUUGAGCUUGGAUGCACGUGGGCAGGAGGCAGGCAGGAGGACCUCCUGUGGGGCUUUGCAGAGAACAGGCAGCUGUAGCACUAUGGAAGAUGAUAAGAAUGGGAUUCACCCACUCCCUGUUGAAAUAAUCUCUGCUUCUGUACCAGCAUACACAAAAUAUAUUAAUGAUGCAUGAAUAAAAAAUACAUGUACCAACAGGCCCGAAUAGGGCCUUAAAGACUGCUUUUGGUCUCACUUUUGGUCAAGAGUUUUCUCUUUCUGUGGCUCCAGGGGAAAAAACUGUUGAUUUGAGUGGAGAAAACCUAUUUUAGUCUGAUUCAUCCAAAAAACUAAUUUAAAAGGAAUAUUGUCUCAGCUCCGGAUGCUCUGGUUCGGCAGAUUAGGGUUGGGUCCAAAGAUGGAACCACGUUAGAUUGGAUCCUACUUUGUUGUGUAAUCUUUGACCGAGGGACGAGUAAAACUUGGAGGAACCACCUUCCAACCUGGAGAUUUACCGGGAUGAAGAGGCUUCUCCACCACCUCGGUCCCCUGAUGAUUCUGCAAGGAACUCCGCCAACGACCGCCCAAUGCAAAAGAUCCUCAGGAACCACACGAAGAACCAGACAAUGAUGACAAUCUACAUCUCAACCAGGGCAUAACUGAACCAGAGGACAACCCCUCCCCUCUCAGAGAUGGAAGUCCUGCACCACGUGAACACUAUCUUGGAAGAAAUAUCGACAGGACAAGACGUGAAUGGUAUGAAUAGUAUAUUCCUCGUGAUGGAGUCUGGGGCAGCUGACGUACCGACAGCAUGAAUCGGCCUGAGCCAUAAUAUUCUGUAGUUUAGGCCUCUUUCACCCCAGAUGUAGUCCGGACUGGGGGGUAAACUAUGGCCUGAAAAGAAGGCAUGAUGUCCGCUCUGAUCCCGUGUUCUUGACAAGUUGAUUUAUUUCUUUACAGUGGUUUUUAAAAUCCGAAUAACGGCAUAUUUGCGAAUAUCGGCCACCAGAGACUCUUGCUCCAGUUUCUCAUCCAGCCCUUGUUUAUUUCAUUUAUUUUAAAAACCUGGCAUGAGGACGGCGCUCGGCUGUUUCCCAUUAGGGAGGAAGACUCACUCAUCUGCCCUGUUCCAAUUGAAAACAGCUUUGGAGGAACAUUAGUUGAACCUUACCAGCAACGCGGCUCAAACACGUGGCGACAGGUUGGACUUGCUCGCACUAUGUGACGAUGAGGGGGCCUCGCUCCUCUCAGGUAGAAGCCCAGCUGGGAAAGACAUCGUGGAGGACACUCGUUGUGACGGAUGUGAGAGCAGGGAGGAGGUCACGCCGUUUCCAGAGUGAAAGUUGCUCGCAUCUGGGCCUGGAUGCUCAACAUGCCUCACAGCCCUCCCAAAGCUGGAGCCAGGACCCUGAGGGAAAGCUCCCCUGCAGCCAAAGCCGCCGCCGCUGCCGCGUGCGAACACGACAGGGCCUGUGGACGGGGUUUCUCCUGCGAUCGUCACUUCGGCCUCUGCGUCCCCCUGCGGGGGGAGGGCCUCUUCUGCCGGAGGGACGCCCAGUGUGUCCGCGGACUCAGCUGCAUGUUCGGGAAGUGCCACCGCAGCAUCCCCAACGGACAAGAAGGCGCCAGGUGUAAAGUGGACAGGGACUGCGGGGCCUCCAUGUGCUGCGCGCGGCACCACGGCGAGCAGGUGUGCAAGACGCGCCUGGCCCGCGGCGAGAGCUGCUUCGUCCCCGACGGCGGCCUGGCCUUCAGCAUUAACCAGAUCUGCCCGUGCGACGAGGGGCUCCUGUGUCGAGAGAAGGCCGCGUCGCGCCGCAGAGAGACAGAUUUGGUUUACCAACCAGAACGAACAAGCUGGACGUGCCAAGUGCCCAAAUCUUGACGCCAGCCUCCACAUUUGGGUUAUUUAUUAUGUAAAUAUGUUGCAUAUGAUUGUAUAUUUGUUUUAGUAUCUCCAAAUAUGUUGUAAUGGUACAUUUUAUUAUUAGAUUUUUUUUUUUUCUCCCCCAUUUUGUUCAUUUUGUUUAUUUUGACAAAAGCACUACUGCAUGCAUCUCAUCAAUGCCAUUCAGUGUCUCCCUCACGCGUCGAAGUGAUCUCCCUCUGAUUAUGUCUGUGAAUGUACGCUCCCUUUCGACUUACAGAAUAAAAAUAUCACUCCUACGAAUAUGCACUGCGAGCACUCAUAACUACACAUUAGAAAAAUAGAUAAUGGAGAAUAAAAAUGCUUUGCUGCACUCUUGUGGGGAACACCUGUAAAGGGAUCAUGUCACAAAAAAUGUGACAUUUUUAUUUGUUUCUCUGAUAACUAAACCUACCUUUUAAUGUUUGUUUUUUUUGAAAAAUUAGUUUUUUAAGUUACAAUAAAAAAUAACC